CGGACACUAGUACGUCGCAGCCUGCACCCGCCCGCAAGCUGCCGCGCGUCCCUGCAGCCCACGUGACAGCAGGGGGCGUAGCUUCGGUGAAAAGGCAGCGGGCGAGCUCCUCUUUCUCCUCCUCCUCUCUAGUCGCAGCUGCAGCUCGGUCGGACCGCGCUGUGUGUGUGACGUAGUACAGCGCGUGACGGGACCAGCCCGGGGGUGCUCGCGAGGAACUGAGGACAGAGCCGAAGAACUGGGGGGAGGGGCGAGCAGAGGAGACACCCGACGGGUCACCUAGCUUCUUGUUGUCAGACACCCGCCUUCAGCCACCUCCCGCGACUUGUGUGGGCGGCUCCGGGUUGUAGCGUGUCCCGGAUAUUGCACAGGGGGGCUCCCCACCGCCUCCUCUCUCCCCGCCUCUUCCUUGGCUCUUCACUCCGCCCAGCUCACCCGAACACCCACCCGGCACCGGCAGCAGCUAGAACAUAAUGGCGCUGAAGCGGAUCCACAAGGAACUGAAUGACUUGGCUCGUGAUCCUCCAGCACAAUGUUCUGCAGGCCCAGUUGGAGAUGACAUGUUUCAUUGGCAAGCAACAAUUAUGGGCCCCAAUGAUAGUCCAUAUCAAGGCGGUGUGUUUUUCUUGACUAUUCAUUUCCCAACAGACUACCCCUUCAAACCCCCCAAAGUUGCAUUUACAACAAGAAUCUACCAUCCAAAUAUUAACAGCAAUGGCAGCAUUUGUCUUGAUAUUCUCAGAUCACAGUGGUCCCCAGCUUUAACUAUUUCUAAGGUUCUUUUGUCAAUUUGUUCACUGUUAUGUGACCCAAACCCAGAUGACCCUUUAGUGCCAGAGAUUGCACGGAUCUACAAAACAGAUAGGGAAAAGUACAACAGAAUAGCCCGGGAAUGGACUCAGAAGUAUGCGAUGUGAUGCUACCUUCAAGUCUAAAUAACACCUGCAUUAUAGCUGGAAUAAACUUUAAAUUACUGUUUUCCCCUCCCUUUCAGACCUCAUCUACCUUCCCUUCUAUCCCCCCAACCCCACUUUUUUUUUUUUUUUUUCUCCCCAUUUUUAUUUUGGGUUUAUUUUGUGCUGCCUCCCUUCAUGCACAUGCUCACAUGGGAAGACUUUAGCUCAGCAUUGGACAGAAACUGCUCUAGACUGUCAAGUAGUUGCCAGAAUACAAUUGCCCAAGAUUCAUAAUAUCAAACGGAGCAUGUGUUAAAACGUGGCCGACGUCUUCACUGUAACUUGGUUAUGAGACUAAACUCAUCCUUCAUUUCUCCUUGAAAUGUUGAAGAUUAGCGCCUGUAUUUGGGGUUGGGAGGGGGAAGGUGUUAGGCAAAAAAUAAUAUAAAAAAAUACUGAAUUGUGUAUCAUCGUAGGAUACAAGAAUGUGGAAUUGCAAUGGAUACUUUGGUCAAACCCUCCAGAUGUUUAAUACUUCAUGAUGUACUUUAUGCUCAUAAAAUGUUUUGAUUGGAGAGUUGGUGUUGAAAUUUAUAUAGUGGCGGAACAGAAAUGUAUUUUAUGCAUGUCAAUAAACAUGACAAAUUGGAAGGUGACACCCCAUUGAAUAACAAAAAUAAGAUCAAAAGUUUUUGUAAUUUUUCAUUGAGAUUUUUUAUUUUAUUCAUUAUUUUUUUAUUUUUUUUUGGCGGCUGAGCUAUUAGUUAAUCUAUCUUCCAAAACACUGUUAAUAUAGCACUGAAUAAAAUGAUUCAAGCGUCAUUGGAUGACUGAUCAACUAAUAGCUCUGAUCUGUGUUCGUUUUUUUUUUUUUCUUCAAUAAAGUUGCAUAAACCAA